AAUAGGCUGAAUAUAAAACAAAGUGACGUCACGAUAGUGCGGUUGUGUUCCUAAAUUUUUUGUUUUUCUUCUUUUAUGAGUGAGUUUACGUCUAUUUUUAUUAUUUAUCAAAACAGAAAUGUUAAUGUUAAUGGAUAAUAUUAUUCAGAUCAUUGGUUGAAAAGAUCUAGAAUAAUAAGUAUAAUUUUAGUAAGUACAUAGUUAAUUUCAGCAAUCAAGCAAUGCAUGAACAAAAUUAUAUUUAUCUUUAACAAUUAUUAAACAAUACUCUAUUAGAAAUGUCCAUCAAAAUGAUAAACGAUGAAGGCUUGAGCAAUGUUUCAUUAUCGUCUGACACCGAAACAGAAUUGGAACGGUCGACUAUUGACAACGCUAAAGAAUCAGCAGACCAAUUAAAGAAACACGACAUGUCAAAUUUCGGCUUUGAUCAAGAAACUAAUGCUGAUGAAGAAGAGGAAAAGCAGAGACUUAUUUCUCAAGUUCUAGAACUUCAAAACACUUUGGAUGAUUUAUCUCAACGAGUUGACGCCGUUAAAGAAGAGAAUUUAAAAUUGAAAUCAGAAAAUCAAGUUCUUGGCCAAUAUAUAGAGAACUUAAUGAAAGCUAGCGCCGUUUUUCAAUCGACUUCUCAAUCAGCAAAGAAAAAAUAA